AUGAACGAAGAAUUCUUUGGUGACAAGAAGGGCGGCCUCACUGAGAGUGUACGCACCUUUGACGCCUUUCCUAAAACCCGCGCAUCCUAUACUACACGUUCCUCCCGCGGCGGAAUCGUAACACUACUCCUAAUUACUACAUGUCUAUGGCUCGCAUGGCACGAGAUGGGUUCCUAUUUCGAUGGCAUCGAAGAGCAGCACUUCCUUGUUGAAAAAAGUAUCGGUCAUGAGAUGCAAAUAAAUCUCGACAUUACCGUCGCGAUGCCCUGCGACGCUCUCCACAUCAACGUGCAGGACGCCGCCGCCGACCGUAUCCUGGCAGGCGACCUCCUCCAAAAGGAUGCAACUGCAUUUGAUGAUACAAGCGCUCACCGGCUGGUCCAGAUUGGGCGAAGGGAGGACCAUGUUUACGACGUCCUGAAAAAGGCAAGGAAAUCAAAAUUUGGAAAAACGAGGUGGCCCAAAGGGGGCGACCGAACGAGCUGCAGAAUAUACGGUAGCAUGGACGUAAAUCGUGUUCAGGGUGACUUCCACAUUACUGCGAAGGGCCACGGAUACUGGGAUGCGGGUCAGCACAUUGAACACGACUCAUUCAACUUUUCACACGUUGUUAAUGAGCUUUCUUUUGGCGAAUACUACCCGAAGCUUAUCAACCCACUCGAUGGCGUCGUCGCAACAACGGAAGAUCAUUUCUAUAAGUUCCAGUACUACCUUUCUGUUGUGCCGACCAUCUACGAGAGUUACACCACAGGAAGGAGGCUGGCAACGAAUCAAUAUGCGGUCACCGAACAAUCACGCGCAGUUCCAGCGCAUAAUGUACCUGGAAUCUUUUUCAAGUACGAUAUUGAGCCGAUUAGUUUAACGGUGACAGAUUCAAGGACACCUGUGAUACAAUUCAUUGUUAGGCUUGUGAACAUUAUUGGUGGAGUAUUAGUAAGUGGAGGCUGGAUCUACAAACUACUAGGAAUGGCAGUAAGCGUGUUUAGACGGAAAAAGAGGGACACUGAGGGUAUGCUAAAUGGGCGCGUCAAAGGUGAUGAGUAG